GCGACGCCACUGUGAGUCGGUGACCACGGCGCGAAGAGCGCGCUCGCCGCACCGUGACAUGUAGCGCGGCCGUCGCGCCGCAGCCUCGCGACCACACCGCCGGUGGCGGCGCGCCGAUGCGCCUGCCGUCCGGCCCGACGCCCGCGCCGCUACGCUUAACGAGCCCCUUCGAUACUCUUAACGCCCGUACCUCGCUGGUGCCGCUUUCACUGUUACACCUGAAGCGAGCCCUUCGACCCGUCUGUAUCGACGACCGUCGUCGGAUGGAACCCGGAGUGCGCCGAUUCGCAUCAAGGUUAGACGAAUAUUUGAAUGUGAGUGUUUGUGCGCCGCCCGCCGUCGAUCCUGAGCGCCCUAGCGCAACCUCGCACUUCAGCCGUACGCGCACUCCGCACACCGUUAUUUUAUAGCGGCGGGAGCUAGCUCAGACAUGGGAAGUGAGCACUAUUGCCUGAGGUGGAACAAUCAUCAGAGCAACUUGCUCGGCGUUUUCAGCCAACUGCUACACGACGAAAGCUUGGUGGACGUCACGCUCGCCUGUUCCGAAGGUGCCUCCAUCCGGGCUCAUAAGGUAGUACUAUCAGCGUGCUCAUCUUACUUCCGUUCGCUAUUUGUGGACCAUCCUUCACGUCACCCAAUCGUGAUCCUCAAGGACGUGGGCUUGGAGGAGCUCCGAACGCUCGUAGACUUCAUGUACAAGGGCGAGGUUAACGUCCAAUAUUGCCAACUGCCUGCUCUCCUUAAAACUGCUGAGAGCCUACAGGUCAAAGGACUAGCUGAAAUGACUACACUCAGCGCAGCCGGCAUUGACACGAGGAACGUUCCGGAACCGAUGGAGGAGUGCCAACAACAAGAUAUAAGGGAAUGUACGGAAUCGCAUGAAAGGUUAGACGAGCGAGAUAUACGCGAGAAAGAAGAACGGAGGGAAGCAAAGGAAAGCCGUGAAAUCCGUGAACGGGAUUGCAAAGAUAUAAGAGAAUGUCAUAGAGAAUCUCGAGAGUCGAGAGAUUUGGGUGGGCAUAGAGAAAGAGACAGGGAACGUGAAAGGGAACCGCGGGACGUGGUACGGGAAACUCGAGAGUCGAGAGAUUUGGGUGGGCAUAGAGAAAGAGACAGGGAACGUGAAAGGGAACCACGGGACGUGGUACGGGACCACAGAGAAUUACGAGAUGUUAAAGAUAAUAGAGAGAGAGAGAGAGAAUUACGUGAAAUAAGGGACGCGAGAGAUCUUCGUGAUGCUCGCGAUCAACGGGAAGCCGUUGAAGCUUCUCCACCAAGAAUAUCUCCGUUACUUUCUGUGAGACGGUUUAGGCCUGAAACGUCAAUUGAAAUUCCAACAUUAACGCAUCCACCUAUACCAAAAGACGAACCACCUGACGAACCAAUGCGUCCAUCGUCACCCGAAGAAGACUCCGUUUCAAUUAGGUCCAAUGGUGCGAAUGAGAACGUGGGCAUAAAUAUGAUAAUAAACAGUCAUGGUGGCCUGGGACCGCGCUACUCUCCUGUAGAACAAAGGCUUAGUGUGCUGAACACAUUACCACAUCCUGGAUUGCCUCAUCCCUCUCAUAGUUCACUAUCGAGUCCAAGAAAUGAACCUAUAGCAGGACCCUCCGGGUUGCCUCCUGUUCAACAAGUACCUUUGUCUUUGAAGAAAGAAGCAGAUUGGGAUAGGAGUAAUGAGGAAAAGAUUGUGGAAGCAGCACCAGAGUUCCGGAUGCAGCAUGAAUCUGAGUACGAAGGGUCCGGUAGGGGGAGAAUUGAUGAAGGGGAGAGGGCAUACCCUUGCAUACAUUGCGGAGCAGCGUUCCCACAUCAGAGCAAACUAACCAGGCAUAUAUUGACGACACACACUCUCGACACUUUGAAGUAUCGCGACGCUUUAAUGGGCAGGCCUAUUGGAUUACCAAUGAUCGGGCAAUUUAGUGAGCCGACUUACAUGAGCAUGCCGACAGAAGAGUCGCCCUUAGAUUUAGAUAUCGGUCCAGUAGAGCCUGGAAAUGUCGUUUUGUGCAAAUUUUGUGGCAAGAGUUUUCCUGACGUAUCAUCGUUAAUAGCGCAUUUACCAGUGCACACCGGAGAUCGACCUUUUAAGUGUGAAUUUUGUGGAAAGGCGUUUAAAUUGAGGCAUCAUAUGAAGGACCAUUGUAGAGUGCAUACAGGUGAGCGACCGUUUCGGUGUGUUCUGUGCGGCAAAACGUUUUCGCGGUCAACGAUACUGAAAGCGCACGAGAAGACACAUUAUCCGAAGUACGCGAGGAAGUUCCUGUCGCCGAGUCCCGUCGACACGGAAGAGGAGAGUCCACAUCAAUGAGUAUGGGAUGGCUAUAGUGCACAAAUUUAUCAGAAUAUAUUAGCCAAUAAUGUAAGUUUUUAUUGGAAGUAGUCAAUGGUGCGAGUUGAAUGAACAAACGGAGGACAAUAUGUUAUUAGUUAAGAAUGUGAUUUAAACGCCGCAACUGUGAUCUGAAUGAUAUGAAUAAAUAUUUGAUAUUUCACUUAUAGAUAAUUGACUCACGAAAUUUGUUAGUGUUACGUUUUUGAGUUUUUUUUUUUUUUUGUUUUAUGAUAAAGAGCGCGUUUUUAUUGAUUCCUUAAUUUUGCUUUCAUGAAAUUUAUAACAUUUAGGUGCUUUACUUACCUUAGAUACUAAUGAGUAAUUUUAUUAGCAACAAUCCCUUAAUUGGCAUAGCCAAAGAUGAUUAGAAAAUAAAUCUUUUUCAAAAUUAUAUUUAAGAUUAUCUAGAUCUCGUUUGCUUUGCUUUUUAUUUUAGAAGAAUAUAAACAUAUUACUAAUGUUUUAGUGAUUUCAAUAAUAAGAACACUAAGUUCAAUUAAUGUAAAAUAUUCCUUUGGAGCUGAAGUCUUUGGCCAUUUGCAAAUUUAUCAUAGCGUUUGUCUCAGAUUUUUUUAUUAACCAAAUUGAGAAAUUAACAAUGAGUGCUUUAACAUUAUUAGAGUUUAUGGAUAUCGCACUCAAAAUAGUUUGUAUGUAUAAAUUAGAAAUUUGAGGUUUUUAGUAAUUUUAUCUGUCUUUCGAAGUAAACGACGCACGCUCCCCGAGGUAUUCAAAAGCAAUAUUACGACAUAUAAAAUGUAAAUAUAUAUAGUUUGGUACCUAAUAUCGGAUUUUUAGGAAAUUUAUAAGAGUAUAAUGCUUCAGUAGGUCAAUAUAUGGGGAGGGUUGUGGGUGUGUGAUCAUAGGAAUCAAAGCUUUAAGCGCCGUUUCAGUUCGAACAGAACACUAUGCCUCUUGGUCCGGGUCCAUUUGACAUAUGCUACACCAUAAAUAUGGUUUUAACAACUGGGAAUAAUUUUGCCUUUCAUUAACAGGAUUAUGGAUGACAGAGGCAUGGUAACCCAUGUAGAAAUUUUUUAUCUAUUUUCAUACAGAUUAACUGUCUCAUUCUUAUUUUUAUACGACGUUUCAAAUGCUAUAUGUAUUCCAUGUUAUAUUAUACAUAUAUACAACAUUUUAUAAAAAAAAUGGUAAAAAGCAUUUGAAGGUCAUCUCACAAUUGCUGUGUUCAAGAAAUUUAACAGAGUCAAAUACAGGGAUAUUUUAUGGAUUAUAACGUUCAUUUCAGAUAGAUAACAUAUUAUUUUACAUAGAUACAUGUUUAAGACGACAUUGUUCAUUAUAAAUGAAAUUAUUUGUCAUAAAUAUGUAUAAUUAAACCACGAACUGUCAUCGACGUCACAGCCGAAAAAAAAUAUUACUAAAGCUUUGAUUUGUUCUUGAUUGAAUGGUGGCUCUAUUGAGCGCGGCAAAUCGUAAUGGCUUUGGGUCACGAUAAUGUGCUUUAUAGACGGUUGGAAUAGAAGUUGUUUUUGCCUAAACAUUUUAAUAUGUAAGUCAUUUCAUUCAUAAAUUAAAUUAUGUGUUAUGCCGCGCUAAUAAGCUUAAACAACGUUUGGAUGACUGAUUAUUAUUUCUUAUUUAUAUUAAGCUUAACUUUGAUAUGCUGACGGUACUCUGGCUGUAUGUGUAUGUAGCAAAUUUGAGGGUAGAUGAUUUUUUUUUAACUACUAAUAGAAUAGGAUGUACCUUAUCAUUUCAAAAUCGUGCAUAUCAUUUUUAGAAAUCAACAUCGGUGUUAUGAAAAAUAUAGAGAAAAUAAUGAAAAAAAAAUUGUUUGGAAUUCGUUCUAAAUUUAAAUAUUAUAGAGAAAUAUUUCUUCUUUAUCAUAUAAUAUUUGGAUUAACCCUAUAAAGUAUUAUGGUAAUUUAAGAAAUGGUCUGUGAUAUAUAAGUAAGGUAUUACAUCUGGGAGUAAAAUUAUCGAUCUCAGAAUAAUAGUGAUUAUUAUUUCACUGUAAGACUAAAUUAAUAUAUGAAACGAAAAAUCAUAGCGUCAUAUCUUUGCUCCUAAUAAAUAUCGUGCUUUCGAUUUUAUAUCCUGAAAGUAUCAAGGUCUUAAAAACCUAUUCUUAAUAACUUGUAAGAAUAUUCAUUUGAACGUAUCUUUUUUUUUUUUGAUCUUCUUGGCCUGGGUGGGUAUCACUCGGUCUUCCUUUAUUCUAAUAUAUAUAUAAUAAUAUAAUGACUCUGCACUAAUGCGUUCUUAUUAGUGAGCCAGUUGAAUUAUGGGCACUAAGGCUAUAACAGUUUCAACAGCUUCAAUCCCAUUUUUGGCGGCGCAUUAUUUAGAUGAUUCAUUUCGUCGUCUGUCCUCUUAAACCAAUUAAAAAAAUAUACGUUUAUUAUUCAAAUUUAUGUUAUUAAUUGUAUUUUGAUGUUACUUGGUAUCAUAGUCCGCGCGCUAGGAUAAUAGACUGUAACUUUGACGGAACAAAGUAUAUAAAAAUGACAGUUAUCGAGAAAAUGAAGCGUUAGCAAAGAAUAUCUAAAAGAAAAAUUAUCCAACUCUGGCAAAACCAAAAAGGCUAAUAAGAUUUUAGGAGAUACAUAAUACCAGUAUGUAAGUAUGUAUGUUUAACUGCAGACUUUUUAUCUCUCUCUAUUAUUUUUCUAAUCUAAUAAUAAUCUUGUGAUUGUCCAACCAUAAAUCUCUAAAAUAGUAAUGCGACUAUUACUAGAAAAUUACAAAUAAAAAUUCCACGCUAACAAACGAGUAACGUCUCGCGAAUCAUCGAUAUGAGUUUGCCAACGUUACAAUUACCGAGCCGCGGUUACCUCAGUUCCAAAAGGUCGGAUCCCACUCUGAUCGCGGGCGGAUUAUAACAUUUAGCUUGAAAUCUUGAUGCAUAAACAUGAUUUAGUUUAUACCAAAGUUAGUAAAUUUCUUUUAAGUUUCAUUAUCGUCCGCAAUCCCUUAUUUUUUUAAAUAAAACCUUUUCAAUGCUUUGUAUCAUGGAUUUUUCAAUUCGUAACAGUUUUUAUCAGAAAUUUUUAUCCAUUAAUGCCUCUUAUCAGAUCUCAUUGCUUUUAAAGUUAGUAUUCAACUUCAUAGAGUAUAAGGCUUUUUUUAUAACGAAAUUUUAAAUUAUGACAAUUUUAGAUGAUGAAAAUUAUAUAGCGUAGGUAUUUAGGGAUUUAUUAAUAUUUAUGUGAAAAUAAUAGCUUUGACUUCACACUUACUAGUUUAUUUUAAUAUCCAUAAAUCUUAACGUAUUAAAUAAGUUGUUUUUGUUUUGAAUCGGAGUUGAAUUUAAAAACUCUCAUAUUAGUAAUAUUUUUAUUUUACAAAAUUUUCUGUUUAUUUACAAAAUUCAGCAUUCCCUUGUCUUCGGUUUAAUAUUUCGACAAAAUAUUUUGUUAGAAUAGAUUAAUGUGUAUUUGACAAUUACUUAUAACGUAUGGUACGUAGCUUUGAGUACCGCGGCAUAUCUAAGGUGUUAUCUUAAUUAUUACAAAAUGUUGUGGCGUACUGAAAAAAAAAUUGUCAUUCGUAGUCUGUAGGAGGCUACAUCGAUGGCCGAAAAAAAAAAUAAUUUAGGCAUGGACAAUGCAGUAUUUGUACGCACUUAAUUUCAUUAAUAUUAUUUAAUAUUCUCUAACUGAUCAUUUAAACUAACAUAAUAAAACAUUCCAAAUGGGAGAAUGGAUGUUAAAAUUUACGCCAUAAUCACUUAAAUUUCUAACAUUUUAGUGUUUGAAUUAUUUCUAAAUUCAACGAAACGAUGUUAGUAAAAUUUAACACCCAUUCAUAAAUGUGUUAUAUAUUAUUGUUUAAAUAGAGGUGAUUUUUUAUAUAUAUAUAUAUAUAUCUGCGUACAUAGAUUAUACCAUGAAUUUAUUCGCUGUGAAAAUUAAUUUUGGUCUGCUGUUAAAAGGCACAUGUAAAUGCAUAUUUAGGAUAUAGAUUGGUAGAUGCGCUACUUUCCGGAGCUAGAAUGGUGGAAAAGGAGUAAAAUGAAAAAAAAAUAUAUUAGUAGCACCUAAUGUUGCUAUUUGAAAAGCUGCACUCAUCUUAUUUUUCGGAGUCAAACGUUACCAAACUUAUAGCAAUAUUGUAACCUUGAUUAAUGUUCCUCUUCUUGUUUUAAGAAAGAUUGAAUAUUUACAAUAUACAUUAUAAAUUAAUAGCAAUAAUUAAAUGGUUAGUAAAGAUGCGAUUAAACAAAGUACGAUUUUUUAUCGAAAUAGUUUUUAUAAUAGAACUGAAUGCAAUUUUAAAUGCUAUUUUUGUUUCCUAACUUUCAGAGGUACUAUUUAUUAAUGAAAUAUUAUUAUUAUUAUUAUUAUACAUAAUUAUAUGUAUUGACAUGUAUAUAGGCAGUAUGAGGUUGUUGAUGAAGAUGAUUGUUAUAUACAAUAGUAUAUAUUAUAUGGCCCCUAAGUGCAGUUAUUCAAAUUUUAACAUUCGCCAGUCGUUGCCACGUCCCUGCGAAGUUCACACCCCGUUAGCACAAAAUAAAAUAAAUAGUUAUAUACGAUAUUUAUGUGAAUUUUAUGUAGUUAUAUUUUCUCUGAGUACCUAUCAAGCAUGUAAUUCGAGAUUAGCACAUGUUGUUUAAACAUUUUGAAUAGAUACAACUUAAAUUCAUUUUUAUAAAAUAAAUUGUGACCACAGUUUUAUAUUUAGAGUGCCUCUCGCCUAUAUAAGACUUAUAUAAAGGCUGCAAAUCACGGAAUAUACAUAGUUUAUGUAGGGAAUGAAUUAUAGAGAAAUAUGUGUAAUUUUAUGGUGAAAAUUGUAAGUUGCGUUAUGAUAUGUGACUUGCAACAGGUGAAUUUUGUUUUAAAGAUCGCGACAACAUGAGCCCUAUGAGGACGUGUCUCGGGAUGCCCGACAACGUGCGUAUGCCGCACGACACACCAUUACACUUGACUAAUGCACACACGCGAUAUAAAACCUCCGUAGUUAGCGCAUUCCAAUCUUGUGAUUUAUACCGUUAAAAAUUUAACCAGUGCAAAAUUAUUUUAAUGACCAAUACUAGGACAAUAGUUUUAUUUGUAUAGUCUUAGAUAAUACUGUUAAGCUUCAACGACCGGAAGGUGGAGAGCCUUGACCGCGAUGAGCGUUCAUUGGUCACUUGUGAUUAUGUUACUAUUUUUAAGUGGCAUACAUAAAUAUAUAACUUAUAUUGCAAUUUUUCUAAGUUCCUGUAGGUAUAUUGAUUAUUAUAUAUUGGUACAAUUUGUUUUAAUGAUUACGAUUUUUUUUUAAAUAUAAUUUAUUUAGAUUAAGUUUCGUGAAUAAGAGCAUGAUAUACAUAUACAAUUUAUUUGUGUUACGUCUGUUUUCGCUGGGUCGCUGACCGUUCAAUGUUUCGAUGUUUCAAAACGUCGGUACCCAGCUGUGGGCUUUCGUAUGAAUUUUGUAUAUUAUGCUGUAAAAUUAAUUGUAAUCAGCACAAGUUCAAAUAACGUAGGUCCACUUUAUUUAUAUUAUUAUAUAGCUUAAAUCGUUGUUACUUCAUAGAAGCGUCAGCGAUUAUUUUUCCCUUAAGCUGUUUUAUUUAACUUUCAUUGUUGACAUUUUAGAUUAGUGAAAUCUGUUUUGCCUUAUCAUUAAUAAUAGGUCAUAAUGUUGUAACAGAGAGCAGUAUGGUUUUGUUGAAAUAUAGUUACAGUAUAUCAUAAAGGUCGAGGAUCAAAUUGGUAUUCGUCAAUUGAAAAUGCAACAGUACACAAAUCCAUCGCUGUUGAUCAUUGUAACUUUUGAAACAAAUAUAAGCAUAUCAUAGCUGUAAAAAUACAAUUUUGACAAAUAAAAGCUCUACAAUCAUUACAGAA